GGGAACACACACCCCAAAGGCUGCGACAGGAACGGCACGCUCCCGGGCCACCCCGAGCUGUCAUUUUACGGCUCCUUCCCUCGGAAAUGGAACGAGAAGAGCUUCUUAGAUAAUGAGCUGCUGACCUCCAGGGUUCUGUCCGUGCUGCGGCCGCGGCCCGAGAGGGGCGUCCAGGCGGGCACCCUCCACUGCCCCGCACACUUUCUGAGCACCAACUCUGUGUUUGCCUCCGUCGCAGCCUCACUGAAGGAACAGCCACGGGGCACUCUCCUGUCCCCCGAUGGCAGCCCGGCCCUGCCCAGGAAUGUCGGCAUGACGGUCCCGCAGAAGGGGGUCCCACCACCAGCACCGAGCCCCACUGGAACAGGGGCACGACUUGGACCAGUUACAGGAGAGAUGGAUGAAGCUGAUUCCGGGUUUUUAAAAUUCAAGCAGGCACCCGAUGACUCUCUCUCGCUUACAUCUUCAAAUGCUGAGUCCAUUUUUGUAGAAGAUCCAUACACCGCCUCGCUGAGGAGCGAGCUCCAGGCAGACGCCCAUGAGCUGGAGGCUGAGUCCUGGAGUCUGUCUGUGGACUCGGCGUUCAUGAAGAAACAAAGACGAGAGGUGGUGAAAAGACAGGAUGUCCUAUACGAGCUGAUGCAGACAGAGGUGCACCACGUGCGCACCCUCAAGAUCAUGCUGAAGGUGUACUCGCGGGCCCUGCACGAAGAGCUGCAGUUCAGCUGCAAGGCCAUCAGCCUCCUCUUCCCAUGCGCCGGCGACCUGCUGGACAUACACAGCCACUUCCUGGCGCGGCUGAAGGAGCGCCGCCAGGAGUCCCUGGAGGCGGGCAGCCACCGCAAUUACAUCAUCCAGAGAAUCGGGGACCUGCUGGUGGAGCAGUUUUCAGGCGAGAGCGGAGAACGAAUGAAAGAAAAAUAUGGCGUCUUCUGUAGUUGCCACAACGAAGCCGUCGGAAAUUACAAGUUGAUGCUGCAGCAGAACAAGAAAUUUCAGAACUUGAUCAAGAAAAUCGGCAACUUCUCCAUUGUGCGGCGGCUGGGCAUUCAGGAGUGCAUCCUGCUGGUCACUCAGCGGAUCACCAAGUACCCGGUGCUGGUGGAGCGCAUUAUUCAGAACACAGAAGCUGGCACCGAGGACUAUGACGACCUGACCCAGGCCCUGAGCCUCAUCAAAGAUAUCAUCUCACAAGUGGACGCCAAAGUCAGCGAGUAUGAGAAAGGCCAGCGGCUCCGGGAGAUCGCAGGGAAGAUGGACCUCAAGUCCUCCAGCAAACUCAAAAACGGCUUGACCUUCCGCAAGGAGGACAUGCUGCAACGGCAGCUAACCCUGGAGGGCACACUGUGCUGGAAGACCACAUCAGGGCGCCUCAAAGACGUUCUUGCUGUCCUGCUGACAGACGUCCUUUUGCUGUUACAAGAAAAGGACCAGAAAUACGUCUUUGCUUCCGUGGACUCGAAGCCGCCCAUCGUAUCUCUACAAAAACUCAUCGUGCGGGAGGUGGCCAAUGAGGAGAAGGCCAUGUUUCUCAUCAGUGCCUCCCUGAAAGGGCCGGAGAUGUAUGAGAUCUACACGGGCUCCAAGGAGGAGCGGAACACCUGGAUUACCCACCUCCGCAGGGCUGUGGAGAGCUGUUCGGACGAGGAGGAAGUCCCCUUCAUUGAGGCUGAGGAGGAAAGGAAGGUGUUUGAGGCCCGGGCCAUGAGACUAAAGGACUUCCAAGAGCGCCUGAGCAUGAAAGACCAGCUGAUCGCGCAGAGCCUCAGCGAGAAACAGCAGAUCUUCCUGGAGAUGUCGGAGCUGAUUGGGCCGGAGGACUGUGCCCCAGGGCCUCCGACCAGGCUCCUCUUCCGUGGAGGGGACCCCACCGAGAACCUGCAGGGGGAGCUGAUCCUCAGGUCCGCCAUGACAGAGAUCCAGGACAUCCAGAGUCUACUGUGUAAGCGACUGGGCAGUCCCAACGGCCAGGUGGAGGACGGCAGUGGCCCAGGCUCCCUGCCCCGCAGGGCAGAGACCUUCGGGGGCUACGACAGCCCCACCAGCAAGAAUGGCAGUUUCAAGAAGAAAGCCUGCAGCGGUGACCCUAGGCUCUUCGACUGGAGAGGCCCCACCAGCAGCCCAGAUGCAAAACCUGGAGACACGCUGGGAGCCCCCGAGGAAGCCCCCCAGAUACCAGGUGCAGACGGUGGCCCCUGUGGCCUGGAAUUGGAGCUUGUCCAGCGGGUCCAGACGCUGUCCCAGCUGCUCCUCAGUCUCCAGGUGGUCAUCGCGCGGCAGGACAGCUUCGUGGAGAUGCAGCGGGCCAGCAUCCAGGAGCAGGAGAAGCAGCUACGGCUCCAGCAGCAGUCGACACGGGGGAGCCAGCUGCUGGAGCAGGAGCGGCAGCGUGCCUUCGAGAAGCAGCGCGAGGAGCUGGCGGGCGCGCAGAAACUGCAGGACCAGCAGCGCCGGGAGCAGCAGCGCCGGGAGCGGGAGCUGGCGCGGCAGCAGGAGGAGUUGGAGCUGGCGGCCGCAAGGCUGCAGGAACGCGAGGUCGAGGCGCAGCAGCUACAGGAACAGCUGGGCCACGAGCGCGCCGAGCUGGAGCAUCAGCGGCAAGCCUACCAGCAUGACCUGGAGCGGCUACGGGAGGCCCAGCGCUCCGUGGAGAAGGAUCGGGAGCGCCUGGAACUGCAACGGAGGCUCAAGAAGCCAAACGUGGCGCCAGCAACUGUGGCGGCAUUGUCUCCCGAGGGGACUGCUGAAGCGCAGCCCCUGAGCUACCCUCCCAGCUACAACGGGGAUGGACAGGAAGGGCCGGCGGCGCCCAAAGUGCCGGGGGUGCGAAUGAGCACAAUGCUGUCCGGCACCGGGCCUGAGCACGCAGAGCGCCCCGAGGUGGCCCGUCGGGACAGCGACGUGCCUAUCCAGCUGCUCAGCACCACCAACCAGGCCCAGCGGCAGACAAAUGUGCAACAGCAGAUCCCCACCAAGCUGGCCACCUUCACCAAGGGUAGCAAGGAAAAAGGGAGCAAGAACAGGGGCUCCCAGCGCUGGGACAGCUCAGGCUCCUUCGACCUGAAGAAGCAGCAGAUGCUUUUCAGCAAGUUCAAGGGAAAGGAUGACAGUACCUCACGUACCCGCCACCCACUAAGCCCUGUCCUGCCCAGCGUGCCACCCCUAGAGCCUGGUCCCCCCAGCCCUGCACCUGCUGACUGCCCACCUGAGCGGGUCUCCCCAAGCACCCCACCUCGGCAACUGCCCGCUGGGCCGGCUGUUGGUGCCCUGCGGCCCGUGUGCCCGGCUCUUCCCAUCGGGAGUCCGUCGUGCCUGCGGAACUUUCUGCACCUUUACUUCUCAAAAGAAAAGUGUUUCAUUAAGGGUUGA